CAGUUUGACGUUGUAUUCACACGCACAUACGGGUUCCAACGGGUCUCUUGCUACCCAACCGCAAACUGACUUCACCAUUGUAAAGUGGAGGAGAGACAGACCAGGACCAAAACAAGGCUGAGCACAGCUAAGCUAGCUCUUUAAGGUUUCUACCAAUGACUGAGAAAGAGGAGCUCAUGGACGCCUCUGACAGCCAGGCCAGCAGGGCGCCUUCAGGGAAGACAAGUGGACGAACCUCGUUGCUGGACAGUGGAGAGGACUUUGAGGUUUUAGAUGAGGAGGACAUUGAUGAUGACCCUCCUCCUCCUCUGGAAGAUGCUGGGGGUGGGAAGGAGAAAAGCACUGAGGAGAAACCUGCAGAGUCAGAUUCAGAGCCUCCAGGUCCAGUGGAAGAAUGGCUGGAUGUUUUAGGUAACGACCAGCUGAAGAAAAAAGUCCUGGAGGCAGGGGAAGGGCGAGACAGUCGGCCACAGAAAGGACAGCAUGUAAAGAUUAAUCUUAAAACGUACCUGAAGGACGGGACACUUGUAGAGGAGCAGACGGACCUCUCUUUCACUCUCGGAGACGGAGAUGUCAUCCAGGCUCUGGAUCUAACAGUGCAACUCAUGGAAAUGAAAGAGAAGGCCCUCGUCCAGGCCGAUGCAAAAUAUGCAUAUGGUGUCCGGGGGAGUCUUGAGCCUGAGGUUCCCCCCAACUCUGAACUAUCCCUAGAAGUGGAACUGCUGGAAGCUACUGAUGCUCCAGACCUGGAGCUGCUGCCCCCUGUAGAGAAGAUCGCCCUGGCCAGCCUUAAGAGAGAGAGAGGCAACGUUCAUUAUCAGCGAGCGGACUACGCUUUUGCAGUGAAUUCGUACAGCAUUGCCCUGAAUAUAACAGAGUCUAGUUCUAAAGUUGACAUUAGUCCUGAGGAGGAAAAUGAGCUGAUGGAUGUAAGAGUGAAGUGUUUAAACAACAUGGCUGCCUCUCAGCUUAAACUGGACCACUAUGACGCCGCACUCAAAUCUUGUGUCUCAGCACUGGAGCACCAGCCAGAAAACAUAAAAGCACUUUUCCGCAUGGGCAAGGUACUAGCCUUGCAAGGUGAAUAUUCAGAAGCCAUUCAAACUUUGAGGAAGGCGCUGAAGUUGGAACCAAGCAACAAGACCAUCCACGCCGAGCUCUCCAAGCUGGUGAAGAAGAACUCGGAGCAGAGAGGAGCAGAGCAGGCCAUGUACAAGAAGAUGCUGGGAAACCCCGGUGGUGGAAGUAACAGCGGUUCUCAAAAAAAACGGGCCAAGUCCUCAUGGGGCCUCAGCUGGAAAUGGCUGUUCGGUGCCACUGCGGUAGCCAUUGGAGGUGUAGCAUUAUCCGUUGUCAUAGCUGCUAGAAAUUGAACCAAGCCUGUGAUGAGCUUGACCGAGCCCCUUUAAUGUGAGCCUCAACACGGAAGCACAUCUGGCAGUGCCUUCUGACCUUUGGUCAAAG